AUGAUUUUGGCUAUUUAUAUUGAACGUAUUAAUCCAGGUGAAUUCUGUAUAUCACAACCAUGGAGUUAUUUAUGUAAAAAAGGUUAUUGGAAAUCACGACGCG